AGAAAAUUUGCUGUUUCACGGGUACGGGGUACAUGUAAGUACAUAUUUCAUCAUACACUAGAAAAAAAAUAGUGAAAUUUAUACUAUGGAAUUUGCGAUUGCAUCACUAAAUCCAUAGUAUAUCCAUACAGACCAUACUGUUUCCACAGAAUGGAAAUUGCAAAUACGGCGAAGAGACAAAUGAACUGGGAGAAGGGAGCUGUGGUUGGGGGUGGGAAGAGUCUGCAGUAGCCAUGGGAGAUCGAAUUUAGGAACUGAAGGCAAGGCCAGCGAUUGGCCUUUAAUUUAAUUUAAUUUAAUGUACUGUAACUAUGUUUAUGUUACAUAUCGGCAUUCAUUAUAUGCAGUCGAUGUGACCAAAUAAUAUCACAAAAGUAACAAGUAUUUCGUACUGAAUCAAAAGAAGCAUUAAAAUGAGGUUACAGUGCUUUAUUUGUGCCUGAGAGAAUUGCAUAAUAUUUAUCCUAUAUACGGAAAAAAAAGACCUUGCUGGGUAAGCAUUGGUACCAUUACGCACACUGCUAGAAUAUAAACGUGCGUAAAUAUGAUAAAUAAGUAAUAAUAAAACCUUCAAAAUAUGUCUAUUCUGUUAAAUGUUUCGCACUUUAUACUCUACUUAACCUACGGGAACAAAAUAUGCAGAGUAAGUAAAUUCGCACACAGCUGCAAUAACUUGCGUAUACUAUUAUUAUAAUACUGUAGGUCCUACUGUAUAAGGAUAAUAAGACCAAACUUAGACAGGUUACUAAAAACCUUCAAAAUACGUCUACUCUGUUUACUCUCUAAUAUACCUUUUAGAUAACAGUUGUUUCGGUAAUAAAGGUAAUAAACAGUUUCAUGUAAAUGCAUAACUUACUAUACGUUUGUUUAUCGUUUGAUGGUCUAAUAUGGUCUAUAUAAUACCGUACUGCAGCAGACCUGCCAACACUCAUAUAGACCUGUGACGUAGACCUGUGAUCUCCCGGUCUCCCGGUAUAGUGAAUUCUCCCGGUGUGCCAAACUGGCAAUUAUCCAUAUUUCUUGUCGUUCUUAUUGAAUUUUAUCGCGAAAUAUCUAGUAUACGCGCGGCUGCGUUUCGUUUUAUCCAUUUAUUGUAACGACUUCAAUUGAAAAUUAUAAAAUUGAAGUAUUUAUUUGUUAAAACACGUCUUCAUGUUGUAUUUGCAGUCCAAGAUAGUGCCCAAUUUAACAUUAGUGAAGGGGCGCGCUCGUCUUGUACUGCGAGUGUAGCUAGGACUUAGGAGUUUGAACGAGCUACUAAUCUGACUGCUCUAAUGAAAAGGACUUUGAUGGAUUUUCUCCUUCAAAACAACCAAUUCUCCCGCCAAAUUAAGUGUUUAAAUAAGAAUUCUCCCUAUACAGUAUAUCAGUCGCUAAGGGUGGCAGGUCUGCUGCAGAGGGAAAUCUAAAUAUGCUACAGACUGUACAUAAUUUUGCCACACGCACUGUGACGGUAACUCGUAAACCCUCACAAGACAAAGAAAAAUUCCGCUCCGGCCGCGCGCAAAAUUCCGCCUAAUGGAAAACCGGCUUAAGUGGCAGUACCCGUUAAAUUGCCGCUUUAUUUUCGGGACGCGAUCCUGGCGUACAAAUUUAUGUAUUGCCACGUUCCAUCUUACUUGUCUUGUCAGUUUAUUAAACGAUGUGAUGUGAGUAAGCGGACUACCAGAAGCUCCGCCAGUGAUCUUUUUAUUACCGUAUACAUGCAGUCAGCUCAUGGAACUGAUUAGAAACUUCUUUAAAACUCAAUUACUAAAUAAUAAUAAAACCAGUUUAUUUUAUCUUAGUUGAAUGGUAUUGUAGAUGGAAAUUAUCGAGUGGAAAUUUAUAUAUGUUUAUUAUAGACCUAACCAUGAGGAACAGAAGCGAAAAAUGCAACUUUAGGUCUCUGGCGGGAAUCGAACCUGCGGCUCUGCGAUUCCCAUCUACAAUACUCUUCAACUAAUUUUCAAUCGACUGAGAUGCCAACAAAAUCUAGAUAAUUAUUUACACAUAACCUACACAUGGCAGUAUACCCUAGUAUAUAUAAUUGAUACACGAACUUGUGGUUAGAGCUCGACAACUCGCCUCUGUAGCUCAGUUGGUUAGAGCUCUGUACCGGAAUCGUAGGACCGCAGGUUCUAUUCCUGCGAGGGACCUGUAGUUGCAUUUUUCGCUUCUGUUCCUGGUUAUAGGUCUAAUAAAUAUUUGUAUGUAAGUUUCCACUCGAUAAUUUCGAUAUACAAUAUCAUUCAACUAAUAUUCAAUCGAGUGAGAUACCAACAAAAUCUUGAUAUAUUUAUAUUAUCUUAGGACUAGUAUAUCGUUUUACAUAAUUAGUUUAGUUAUACGUAUUGCAUGUAAAUGAUUACUGAAAAGCCUCCUUGGGGAAUGUUCAUUAAAUUAUUGUAUUGUAUUGUUGUAUUUUUGCACGUUGCGAGUAUCUGAUAAAACCACGUGCUUAAAGCCCUAUAAGCUCAUAACGUCACGUUUGAUCCGUGCAUGGUAUAAACCUAAUAUGUUACUCUGUUAAAACUUUUGCCCUUUCGUAUUUUCACCAUUUGAAAUUGCAUAGGAAAGCUACAGUAUACCCAAGAACUGCAAUAUGGUCAUGCCAAUUAUGGCCCAAUCGUUAUCCAAAUUCCACGCAUUUCGAGCACGUGGUUGAUUUUAAAGAGUCUUAACUCGUCGUUACGUCAUUAUACGAAAAACGCGUCAUUAUACGAAAAUACAAUGAGCUUAACAUGAACUCAGACAAAAACAUAACACAAUUAUGACUUUUGUGUAGUUUCUAGACCAACGUAUCUUGAUAGACUAUGGUCUCUUAGUUUGCAUGAUUACCAACAAGUGUUGCAUAUUGUAUCUUUUGUUUCUCUAGUGAUUUCUAAAUGUUGGUGCAAGACACAUUCGAGAGUGGUGUCCUAACUAAGAGAAAAUGUCCAUCGCCAUCAUCAGGAACAUCGACACCACUUUCUCUCAUUGAGAAGAUCAAACAGAGUAUUGGAUUGGAAAAGAAAUUUUUCUCGUUGGAAUUUUUCCCACCAAGGACGCCUGCAGGAGCUGCAAACUUGAUUGGAAAGCUAGAAAAGUACAGUAAAAUAUUUUGUUGCUUACAUAUAGCUUCGGGCAAUAUCUCGUGUGAAUAGCAGCAUUGUACAAUAAGAACUUUAUUUCAGGCCAGUGGCCCAACCCCGGGAUAAGAAGAUUACUAUAGAGAGCGAGCCUUGACUACGCGACUACGAAAUUCAUUGUUUGCACACGCCAUCUUCUUACGCCAAUCACAUACAUUCAAGGCAUAAUCUCGUAGUAUAAGGAAUGGCUUUAUUGUCUGACAAGGUAUAAAAUUAAUGUAGUUCAUCUUUGUGUGGCCUUUAUUUUAAGUUCUUUGUAUAGGUUUGCAUGGGUAGUUCUUUGUGAGGUUCUUUUAAUUUUAAACUCGUUUACACUAUAGAGUUUUUGUCACGAAAUACACUGAGCUGAGUUGUUGUAUGAAUGUUGUUGAAUGUUGAUUUUUGUUCGUCGCUAUAUAACAAAACGCUUAAUGUUGAGACUCUCGGGAAAACAAAACAAAACAAAAACUAUUUCCCUCGGCAGCAGACAUUAAGUGUAUAUUGUAUACAUUUAAAAUCUUUUACACAUGAACAAAUAGAUAAUUUAUUAAAUUUAACAAUGUACACAGUCAUACACGUGGAUAAAGGAAAAACGAGGUUGAAGGCAUAUAGCCAACUGGACAAGAAUCCCAUAUGAAUAUCCAAAUACCCCCAUCGUAGUCAAAUAUUGACUGACUAAAAUGUUUGCUGUAUUAUUGCUAAACGUGCAUUUAUUUUGGAUUUGGCGAUAUUAUCAAUUUCAACUAUAUAGGUCGAGACAACAGCUGGGCAUUCUGUUGUCGCUGUCUAAAUAUUGCGGGCGCAUUUCUUUAACAAACAUUUUGAUUCUUCGAACGCUGAAAAUAUGCAUUGUGAGAGGAUUUUUUGUCCUCUGUUACUGGUUUGUUCAUGGAAAAUAAAGUAUUUCUUGAAAGAUUAAGUUGUAGUGCUUGUACGCAACGAUAUAACGACUUAAUCGCAUGAAAACGUGCGAAGAAUUUUUAUUUACAAAUGGGCGACAAGUGGAAAUGUAUCACUCAUUGUCAGAGAUUUAGAAGCAGGGUAUAGCAGUAUGGAAACAAGGAAGUGUUCAUAUGUUACUCUUGAUAGAAUCUGAGUUGUUGUUGUUUCCACAGGUAUAUGUUCAAUAAUUUGUUUGUCCUUCCUCAUCAGGAAUAAGAAGUGUCUUAAAAUACAUAUUUUGAUGAAAGUGACACAUAUUCCUCUUGCAAUUUCGUAAAAACUGGCCGUUGCCUUCAGUUAGAAAAUAUAUUUUAUGAAAGUUAAAUGAUACUUUGUUUUAUUAAAACCUGAGCUAUUCAUGGGAAAACUGUGCUAGAUGUUGUAAUUGACAAAUCCACUUGUGAAGUGAAAAUGUCACCUUAUGAAAUUGCUCCUGUAUUGGUUUGUUAUAAAGUAAAAAUUGCUGCAAAAAUGCUUUUGAAAAUGUUCAAGUAUUGGUUGUUAUGAGAUAGGAAAUGCUGUAUUGAUUUGUUCAGUUUUAAGAGUCUAACGGCAAUCCUGAAUAUAGGCAUGCUUGCUUUGUGAAAUUCUGUGGUGAUAUUGGCAUAUAAAUAAAAAUACCUUAAAAUUUUGCCCAUUGCCUCUCUCAGAAAUAUGCCUUAAAACUAUCCUUAUUAGUCAACCUUCAUGGAAAAGUUAGUGGGUAUGCUGGGAAAAAUGCGCGCGACACUUUUUUUGGGCACUGAAGAUGGUAACAUUUGAUGUUGUCAUAUAUUGCCAUCCUCUUAUCGUAGCAUAACUUAACCUAUUUUAGUGAGUUUGUUAAAGAGUUGUGCUCAUUAUAUGCCUGUAGUAACACCGCGGAAAAACGUCUGCGCAUGCGUCAAGCUUACCUGUAAUAGUAUUACGAACUUGAUGAGAAGCUGUUCCGAAGUCAACGUUUCCGAAAGCUCAAAAUGGCGGUAAAAAGGAGUGACUUCAUUGUGCGUCUUUACAGCCAGAUUUCAAGCGCAAAAAUAAACAUGUCAUUCUAAAAACUAGAAAUAAAUACAGCCAGAAAGUUCAAGAAAUUGCAUUAUACAAGAACAUGAACUAAAGGUGAUUGUUGACAAAUUUAUCGUCUGAAACAUUUUGUUUAUCAACUAAGCAACGACAAUUUCCGAAUUUUCGUUUGAGAUACAUUUCUUUAAAAAAAACUGUGUCGCCAAAUAUAAAAAAUUUCGUGUUCACAAUAAUGAAACUUUAGGAUUUAUUCUACAAUUUGAGUGGGUUAAGAAGCUUAACUUUUCGAGAGUUUUCUUAACUUUUGAGUUUGAAUUUUUGUUUUGAAUAAUUUUGCAAAAAAUUUCGAAGUCGUAUCCGUUAAAAUCAACAAUUUUUACAUGAAUUAUAUUUUAUUCCAUACUUUAAAUGCCAGGACGCUUUCAAUUAAUGUCUAGUCUACCCAUUUGCUAUAUUUUCUCGUUUGUUUUACUAAUUUUUGACCAAUUAAUAAGCAUGUUUUUGUUUUAGAAAUUGAUAUUCAAAUUCCCCGCCAUAUUUUCAUAAUUUGGUGCAUGCGCAGACGUUUUUCCGCGGUGUUGCCUGUAAUAUCUAAGAUUUUUUCAUAGCAUUAUAUGACAAAUUUAAGUUCUGUUUUCUUUUAUUUUUAGGUGAUAGUAUCUGUUCACUUGAGUGUUGGUAUCAAAUUUUGGACAAGUUUCAAUUAUUAUUUCACAUUCCUUUAUUGAAAUAUCCAAAUAAAUGGAAUAUGACAUCAAGCUGGAGGACUAGAUUCUGUUUCCAAACUUGUUUUUGUAAAAAUAGAAAAUAACAACUAAUUCUGUGUUGUUCUAAUAAGAACUAUUGUUUUUGAUAUGCAUAUUUAAUUUUUAAAAUUACAGUCAUUCUUUGUUAAAAUGUGUACCAGGAAUACUGAAAUCUUUCAGAUCAGCUACCAAUUCCCUUUAUAGCUUAUGUAGCCAAGUGUUCUAUCUAUUUCUGUUCAGAUUAAACAAAUGAUGGGUAAAAUAUUAGUUUAGAUUCUUUAAAAAAAAAUGAGCUUGCCUAUUUUCAAAGCAUAAAAAGCAAAAAAAAAUAAAGCAAAAGUACUUAUUUUUAAUUUAAAACCUUUGGAUUGCAUAGCUUAAUGUUUUCCACUAAAUAUUACAAAGUUUUUCUUCAUUGAAUUGUUGUUUUAUCAGCUUUAAAACCAGAUAAAUCCACGAAGCACUCCUAAUAUAUGUCACCAUAUUGAUUUUUUCGCGCAUGCUCCGUACAAAAUGUCCAGCUGUUGGUCGAGACACAAUCGGCGGCCACGCUGGAAACAUGCGCGCAUAACGAGUUUCCUAUCCUGCCCAUGUUUACAUCGGCAACUUCGCCUUGUAUUUAUUUUACCUAUAAUGUUGCAUAAUCAGUAGAAUUCACUGAGACAACAUAGGGAUGUUCUCCAUGCAGUAUGAACAUACCAGUCGGCUUAUCGGGAUAAGGUCUAGCCUGCGCGCAGUCCCAGACUCCCAACUGCACAACUUCGAACGAAAGCCUUGCUUCGCCCGCUCAGCCCGUUUUCCAGAUUUUUGGGAAAACAAUCUAUGUAAGAAAAUUAAUACGCUAAAUAUGCUGCCGCUCGAAUAACAAAUUAAACAAAUAUGGCGGCAAGUGAAGGAGCGUUUGAUUUAUAUGCUGUGUUUCUGUCGCCAUUUCUACAGCGUGUGAGCUUCUAAAUGUUGAAAAAUUUUAUCCAGAUCAAGAAGAAGCCUUGUGUAAUUGCUUUAAAGAGGACGAUUUUUUUAGUGCUCAUACUGGCUAUGAAAAGUCGCUCAUUUCCCAAGCUAUACCAAUCAUUGCCGAUGUUCUAAAAUAAUGACCAAGGAAUUUGAACAUCAAAGUACGGUACUUGUUAUAUCGCCAUUAUGAUCACUUAUGAAGAGUCAAGUAGAAGGCAUAUCAACAAUUUCUUUGGUAUUGGAUAUCUAAUAUUUGUUUACAGUACAGAAGAAGACAGUACGGAAUGUAUACAUGAAUUUAACCGAUCGCAAUGUCACAUGUACUUUGCAGAACCUUGCUCCUGCUUGUAUAUUUAAUAUUUCCUAGUAUUUGGUGCACAUAUCUGGUGUGCCACAAAGUAUCAUUCCAUACAGGAGUUCACUGUUAAAUAUUCUUACGAUUUACAAUAAUUAGGAAUGGAAUAUUGCAGCAUACACUACUGUAUUCUAUUUACAUUCCACUUGUAAUUUUGCAUGUAUAGGAAUAUAUAUGGGUAAAUAUCAGGAUUUUGGGCAGCUACACUCGAUAUACGAUAGUAUUUGUAGAUGGAAAUUUCAAGUGUGAAUUUUAUACACUGAUUAAACCUAACAAGGAACUGUUGCUAAAAAUGCAACUAUAGACCAACUAUAGACCCUGGCAGGAAUCGUGCCUGUCACCUUGCGAUUCCGGUGCAGCCCCCUAACCAACUGAGCUUCUGAGGUCAGCGGUCGAGCUCUAACCGCAAGUUCAUGUAUGUAUACUAAGGUGAUGCCAAUGUAAGGUGUAUGGGCAAAUUUCCAUCCACAAAACGCAUCUAUAAUUCGUUAUAUCAAGUGUAAGUGCCCAAAAUCAUACGAAUAUAAAUGAAGUAGUGAUAUAUAUAUAUAUAUAUACAAGCUUUCGUCACCGGAAAAAAAAUUGAAAAUCCAUAGAAAGUCAUAGAAUGGAAAUUGUAUGGACCUUUAUUGGAAAUAGAAUGGAUUUUUGAUUUUUGGUUAUCCAUAGUAAGGGAAUAUUUCCAUAGUAUGGAUAUAGUAUGGAAAUAGGAUGGAUAUACUAUUAUACAAUUACUUUAUGGUUUCCGUGUUUGGAUGGCCUGAUCCAAACACGCGGGAAUGUUGCGAGAGUUAAGAAAAGCGCGCGAAACACGAGCCGAAGGCGAGUGAUUUUGCGCACUUUUCUUAACUCGAGCAACAUUCCCAAGUGUUUGGAUCAGGCCAUCCAAACACGGAAACCAUAAAGUAAUUGUUUUAUAAAAUAACUACAACACGAUAGUCUUCCGUGUUUGGAUGACCUGAUCCAAACACGGGUUUCGACCAAUCAGAGCACGCGUUAUAUACAUGUUAUUUUAUAAAAGGUUUAGUGGUGCAAUUGAAAAUUUCGUAGUAUGGAUUUCACUUUUUUUCUCCAUUGCGUUGGUAGGGAUGCAACUACCUGAAAAAUACAUACACUGUGUCUAGAUGCCCGGCAUUCAUUAGUAUUCAUAAGAUAUAGCUCAUAUAUCAUUUUAGCAAUAUGAAAAGGUUAUUUUGCAAUGAAUUUCAGCUAGGUGCAGUUAUAGUUAGCUCAGUAACUAAAGCAUGCGACUGAAAAACUUUUCUGUAGAACAUAGUUUAAAGUGUUUUUUUCCAGACCGGUUUUAACUCUCCUCAACCUUCAGGGGUUAGAUGGCUGGGGUUAUGAUUGGGAUCAGCUUUUUCCUAAAUGUGACUUUAACUAUAAAUGUCAGUCUGCCGGGGAUCUAUAGUAUUUGGAAACUACUACCCGGCUGCCAGGCAUGUAAACACAAGGAAAUAUAUAUGCUGCCAUAUUCCAUUCCUAAUUAUAGUAAAUCUUGAAAAUAUUUAACAAUGGACCCCUGUAUAGAAUAAUACAUUGUUGCACGGCGGAUAUGUGCACCAAAUACUAGGAAAUAUUAUUAAUAAAUAUACAAGCAGGAGCAAGGUUCUGCAAAGAACAUGUGACAUUGCGAUCGGUUAAAUACCUGUAUAUAUUCCAUACUGUCUUCGUCUGUAUUGUAAACAAAUAUUAGAUAUCUAAUUCAAAUUACAGUGUAUAAUUACACGACAAUCCUACCAAAGGAAUUGUUGAUAUACCUUACUUGACUCUUCAUAAGUGAUCAUAAUGGGGAUAUAACAAGUACCGUACUUGUGCAAAUUGCUUGGUCAUUAUUUUAGAACAUCAUGCAGCAAUGAUUGGUAUACGUAGCUUGGGAAAUGAGCGACUUUUCAUAGCCAGUAUGAGCACUAAAAAAAUCGUUCCCUUUAAAGGAAUUACACAAGGCUUCUUCUUGAUUUGGAUAAAAUUUUUCAACAUUUAGAAGCUCACACGUUGUAGAAAUGGCGAUAGAAACUCAGCAUGUGAAUCAAACGCUCCUUCACUUGCCGCAUUUCGUCCAUUAUUAUUUGCAUGGCGAUGCUUGGACUCACUUUUGUGCUAAUAAGUUAAACUUGAGUUUUGUUUCGGGAUGCAGGCGAGAUUAAAAGACUUGGGGGUUCAUUUUGAACCUUGGCCCACUUCGAUAACAGUAGUGUACAAAACUAAAGUCAUACACUAACCGUGGCCUGGAUUAUGAACAUGUCUGAAGUUAAAAUUAUUUUUAUUUUACCAGAUUUUCAUCAGGCUCCCCAUUGUUUUGUGACGUCACGUGGCAUGCCGCAGGUGACCCAGGCGGAGACAAGGAGACAAGUUCCAUGCAUAUUGCUGGUACUAUCUUGGAUUACUGUGGAGUGGAAAUUAUGUUGCAUAUUACAUGUGCCAAUGAAACGAGAGAAACUAUUACUAGACAUUUAUACAAAGCGAAAUCUAUGGGCAUAAGAAACAUCCUGGCAUUGAGAGGAGGUAUAUGGUUGUGUUCACAGUGUCUCGAUUUAUGUUAAAGAGGGUUGAUUCUUGUUCACGUAGCAUGUGGAGGGAUAAAGUACCUGGUGUGCGAGGUUGGUUGCGCACUCAAUUAUAGCGUUCGACGCCGGCUUGCAGCUGGAAAAAAUGUCUUCGAUUGCUCGUCUGUCAGCUGGUACACCAUGCUGUAAUAUACUAUUGGUUCAAGAAAUGCGCGCCUUUCGGAGACUGGUUCCAGAAAACCAUCAAAAUUACAUUAAAUUUUGCUAAAUUCAUCUUCCCAAUUUCUAUGUACUAUUUAAACAUGAGCAACAGUGUUUUAUCAGGUAUAAAGAUACGAGGCGAAGCCGAGUAUCUUUAGGUCUGAUAAAACACGCACUGCGAAUGCUUUAAAUUGCUUAAACAACGAUCGAUCUAGUAGGUUCAUUGGCGAAGUAAUUUUCAGAAAAUACGUUGUGUAUGUCGAGAAAAUCAAAAGUUAAAGUUUAUGUAAAUCAGGGGAAUCUCUAUCACAUAUAAAGAUACCACCAUAUAUAUCUUAUAUACAGUAGAUAGUGCAUCUAAUUAUUCUAGAAUUCAAAAAUUGAAGCCGUGAUUGCAGACUCAGGAUAUUCCCAUGAAAUGAGAAGAUUCGUAUGUUUUCUAUUUCUUAAACACGGAACAUAAAUAUUAAGGUAAACCUAAUCCAAAUACAUUUUUAAACUAUUCAAAUGAUCAAAGUUAUUGUUGUUUUUUGAGCGUUUAUUAGCGAGUGGGAAACACCAACAUGGCCGCCAUCUAUUCAAAUGGGUAACCGCUGAAAUAUUCUUGACUUCAAUUUUACUAAAAGAGAUGCGCUAUCUAGUCUAUAUAAGAUAUCUAUGCAUGGAUACGACACGCUUAUGAUUUUUCUUUGUGUUUUCCUCAUGAAUUAUUAACGGUUUUGAAAGCUAUAGCUAUAUAUAACAUAAAUAAACGAGAAAAACAAAUCCGGCAAAGAGAACAAUAAAAAUUCAUUUGCGUUCACUCGAAGAUUCGAACUCACGAUGUAAUCAGUGGCGUAGUUAGCGGUCCCGCUGUCCCGCCGGGCGGGACUAACAAUUUCCAAAAAAAUGUGUAAAUGUUUUAUAGUGAAGCCAAAAUCACUGCUAAUUUGCUUAUUCUGAAAAUUUAAAUAUAAUUAUGGUAAUUUUUCAGCGCUUUCAUUUGUCAUUUAUUUAAAGUUUACGCAAUAUUGCUGUCUGCUCUUUGACCUCUUUGUUGUCUAGUAACUGAUACCCUGUAGAAUUAGCUAAUUUCCACGCAAUUUAUUGCUUACUCACGCUAUUCGUGAAUCGCAUGUCUCGUGUUCCGCUGAUUUUCAUGUGGCGGGAUACGCAAUACUAUCUUAUACAAGAAAUUCUGGUUUCUGGUUGGAUAAUUGGCGCAGCGCAUGCCCAGAACGGUUGUUUUUAAUGCCGAAGUCCCGCUAUUUUAUGAAGGCGGAGGUUGUUAAUAUUCAAACCUUUCUGACGAAGCUUUCUGCGCGAGUAUUCACGACUGUGACGGUGGUAGGUCAUCAUAUUACUAUUCAUAUCAUAUUUGAUGUUGCUUUUGUGAUUUGUAUACAAUGGCUUCAACGAGCGUGACGAGCCUUAUGGAAAGCCACAGCGGAAUUUCAUUUCAUUCGUUGCUUUUAGCAUUAUAUUAUGUAUGUGGUGCUUUUAUCGUUAUACGAGGUGCUCUUUACAUUAUACGCGGUGCUACACUUCGAGUUCGAGCAUUAUACGCGACGAUUUUGACAUAUAUCAAGAUAUAUGGGCUACACGCAACAUUGUACGAGGUACUUUUAACAUUAUACGUGGUGCUUGAGACAUUUAUUUAAUAAUAUACGCGGUGUUUGAGACAUACGAGGUGCUUUUAGCAUUAUACGCGGUGCUUGAGACAUUAUACGCGGUCGGUAUAACGUUAUACGCAGUACUCAGUGCAGAAGGCAAUAUUUUUGCCUAGCACAGCACUUCUCUGAGCUCACGCAGAUCUGCUCUGGGCCAGAUGGCAUUUUUUGUAUUUUACGAAGCGAAAAUACUCCUGUUAGAGGUGUAUGGAAACUUUGUUUAGUGGCAUCCUUCCACCCUCGAAAUCGCAGGAAAUGCCAUUUCCGCGGUUCUAGAUUUCAAAUUUUCUCGGGGGGGCAUGCCCCCGAACCCCUCUAGGAAGGUCGCACCUUCGGUGCGAGGGGUCCGCCUUCGGCGGGACGAUUUUUUUCAGCCAGCUACGCCACUGACGAUGUUUGACCUCAACAAAUUUCCUAUCACAAGUUUAAGUUAUCAUGUGCAUGAAUGUACAUGUAUGCAGCAAAUAUUCUAUUAACAAUGGUCUGAUAUUUCCGGGCGACGCCGACGUGAUAUUUCCGCGUUACUGCAAGACCUGAAUAGCUGCCACAACAAUUUAUUUGUCCAACCACACUCAAGUGCUCAAAUGACACAAUGAUGUUGAACCCAUGCAGAUGAGCAAAAAUUUGUACUUUGCCAAGUUUUUAUGUUACAGGUGUACUAGUUUGUGCUAGCGAUUCUUCACAACGAGUAAACAAUACAAAUCGUACAAAUGAACCAACCCUGAAGUACAACGCUGACACGCUAACAGCAAAUAAUACGAAAGCGUAGUAUAUCUAGUAUACUGCAUCUAGCCUCGGAAACAGAUUUCUUACUGCUUAUUUCGGCGCUUUCUCUAUAUAUGCACAACCUUAUCCUAAAGCUAACCCUAACCUGAUAAUAUCAAUCUAUAUAUACGUAAUCUACAUAUUUCGAUUGUUCAUAUAUCGAGAAAUUGAUCUUAUUUUUUCAUAUUAUUUCCUGGAAUUUCUAUUCAAAGAUGUUCUUCACUAGUUUUUUUUGUCUUGAGUGUUUUCUUGAUGAUAUGGUGUGGUCGCUUUGUUAGCAAAAGAUGCAAUAGUAUUUCUCGUUCAUUUCGGCGACUUUGCUGAAACCGGGCCCCAUGUUUACAAUUCUGAGCAGUAAACCACCUGCCAAUCAAAACGCUAAGACGAUAGUCAUUUCUCAUGUGAAAGAUAUCGUCUAUCGUCAGGAUACGAUUUUUAUUUCGCCUAUAUCUGUUGCAUGAAAUAUUUAUACAAGUAAUUAUAUAAUAAUGCAGUUUUACAGAACCAUGAACGUGAACUGAACUUACUGUAUUGCGUUUCACAAUCACUUUCCAUGCCGUUCUGUCAAUGCAGGUUGGCAUGCAGCAGCAUGUAAUUUUAUAUUAGAGAGUUUGGCAAAUACAACGGCAACGAGAACGUGCUCAUCAACAAUAGGGCCAUUUAUACGAGCGAAAAUAAGUCGCGGCCUAAAUAAGCCGCGGCUUAAAUAAGUCGCGGCUUAAAUAAGUCGCGAACGACUCGUAUAAACAGUCAAUUUGCAAUAAGCCGCGGCUAAUUUAGGCCUAGCUUUCAAGCCUGGGCUUUUUGCCGCGACUUAUUGCAAUUUGACUGUUUAUACGAGUCGUUCGCGACUUAUUUAAGGCGCGACUUAUUUUCGCUCGUAUAAAUGACCCUAAUGUCAUCUUUCUAAGACAAUUGCGAAUGUAAUUUACAUUCUGGUACGUCGUAGUUGUUCAAACUGCUACGUUAUUUACAUCAUUUUCACGGCUCAUGACCACGUAUGUCAACAGACUAAAACGAAGUCGUUUGCGGUGUUUUAUGUGAAUUCACUUACUACAAUUGCUACUUCGGGGAAUUUUGUUUAAAAGAAAGAUAAGUGCUUUUAAAAGUUUAGUAAUGUAUGUUUUCGCUCAAAUACAAAAGUAUAAUUAGUAAUUUUGUUUUCUGCCGUAGCCGUUGUUGGUUGUCAACUCACUAUUUAGUACAAUUGAUGAUUCCCUUUAUUACGUUUUCGUAGCGCUUUGCAUUGUGGUAUCACUGAUAAAGAUAGCGGCCUCGAAUGAAAAUAUGGGCACUAUAAAGAUGUUUUCGCGAAUAUUUUGCUGUUAGCUAUCGCGCACCUGACCCUAGCUUUUUUUAAAAGUUCUUGCACGGGUCAGGAAGAAAAAAAUAAGCCAUCUUGAAUAUCAGUGAUACCACUAUAACCACAAUGCAAAGCGCUACGAAAACGUAAUAAAGGGAAUCAUCAAUUACAGUAGCUGUUUGUUUCUUUUCCAAGAUCCUCCUCACGGUGAAGAUUUUGAAGUGGUUGAUGAAGGUCUGGUAUAUGGCACUGACCUUGUCAAACAUAUUAGACAAGAGUUUGGAGAUUCGUUUACGAUUUGUGUUGCUGGUUAGUAGUAUAACUUUCACCUAUAGUGUGUAGUUGAGUAUUCAGAGGUAUUCUUUUACAUCAGGCCAAAAAAUAGUGGUCAUGGUUUCUGGUCAGUUUGUCUGCCCAAAAUUAACCCACGAGCGCUCGGCGUUUUCUUUUCCAUUUUUUUCCAAGGGAGCGCUUUUUGCAGAAAUAGCGAGUACAUUUCUAGUUUCUAUAGGUGCAAAUGGUCUUAGCUAGGAUUUUAGAUUUUGGACGUUUUUCUAAAUUUCCAAUUACCCCCAGAAUAGGCCAAAUUCAUGGUCCCAGUCAUGCUCGCCAACAAUAUUUAAUAUAUACGUCAUAAUGUGGAAAGAAUAAAAAAGUGACUCACUCGCCUCGGCGGCUCGUGCUGAGCCAUUUUUUGUUCUUCCAACAUCGAUGUCAUACUGUGUGUCUAUACUGCAUGAACAGACAACGGCAAAAUCUUAUCUAUUUGUUAUCUAGACUAUGCCUAGGGUUGUUCUAUGCUUUACAACCAAAUACAAACAUUAGCAAACUCUAUUUUAGCAAACUCUUGGGGCGUUUAUAUAUAGCCUACGGUUCCCAUUGUCUAUGUUCAUCUAAAGAUAAAAACAUCACGGAUCACUUUUAUCAAUAUCAACAAAUUAAAUUUUACAAACUUUCGUACGACAUAAAUAUAUGAGGAAAUUCUGUCUUGUAAUUAACACUUUCUAUAUGAUUCUACACGGCUUUACAAAAAUAAUGAAAGCGCGUUCGUUUUAUCUUGCCGUGUUUUUCCAUUUUUGGCCGCGGUAACAUGGCCAACACGGGCUUCUGGCGAAGACCCUGUAAAUUUAUUGAUUUUCCAUGCCUAAUGUUAAACUUUUACCAAGUUUACAUAGAAUAAAAUGACAGCAAGGCUUAAUUAAUGUUGUGAAUUCCUUUUUUUCAGGUUACCCACAAGGCCAUCCUGACUGUAGUAGCUAUGAAGAAGAUCUGAUCCACCUCAAGGAGAAGGUUGACGCUGGUGCUGACUUUGUCAUUACUCAGCUUUUCUUUGAAACUAAAACCUUCCUCAAGUUUGUUGACGAUUGUCGUGAGAUUGGUAUUGAUGUGCCCAUUAUUCCUGGCGUUAUGCCAAUUCAGGUUUGUUACCGGUUGUGUUUGGAAAGACGUCCUUAUCUUUCAUUUAGGAACCUAACUGUUUAUUCUGAAAGGAGAUACCCUGCUAGCCGAUCCGAGUUAUGCAAGGUGUAUCGAAACGCCAAUCUUGUCAAUCCUAUCAUUUCAAGCAAAAAUGACCAAUGAAUAAAUAAUGUAUUUAAAAAUUGCCGGUUGAAAUCACAUUUUUCCACAUAUAUGUGCAUUUUUAAAGCAGUGCCGAAUAAAAGAAAAACCAAUCAAUCUCUAAUGUGUGAUGCCAAACAAUAAGCUUAAAACACCAGUGACCAGAUGUUAGGGCUUUUUAAAUUAAAAUUCAUGAAUUUUAGAUCCAAAUGGAAUAUACUUUCAAUAGCUUUUCUCCAAAUUCCCAACGGUGGAACAAUGCGAUUUCCACUGCCAAUUUUUUAUUCGAUUCGUACUUCGCCAUUUUCUCUUAUAGUGAUAAAAGAAAGGUAUCAUUGGACAGUUAAAAUGUUAUCGAGAAACUCAAUAUCUAACGCACGCGAACAUGCAGAAGUUGGAUUAUCUUUAUUAAUGUUCCUGCGGAUUCAAAGUUUUCGGAUGCGGCUCAAAAGCGAGAUGAUUACGUAUCGGUUUCAUCGUUGCAUGACUGUGUAAACGGCAACGUGAAGCCUGUACUAAAAUGUUUCGGUUUUCGUGAUGAAUCCGAAAUCUUUCGCCCUAGCAACGAUGUUUUGAUGUUCUCCGUUGGCCGUUGUUUAGAAGUUUUUGUUGGUAUAGGAGGUUUCAAUAUAAAGAUUUUCAGUUAGAAGUCAUAUAGCUUUAAGGACGUGUUACACGAGACAAUUUUUGCUGCAAUUUGCGACGUAAUUUCGGAUACAGGGCCAUGUUAUCUAAAAAGUAUACUCUGGGGAAAUCAUGCACAAGCAUGCAUUGACCGCAUUUUAUUCUGACAACACUUUCUUUACAAACUGUAACAUAUUCUCGGAGGAAAAAUGAAAGGAUUGAGAUGCAAAAUGUUGGCAGAGUAAACUUUGCCCCACGCUCAUAAUUUUCCAGCGCGACUAUACUUUUUCGAUUUAACAUGACUCUAUGUCAGAAAUUAUGUUGCAAGUUGCUGCAGACAUUCGUGUAACAUGGCUUUUGUCUCUGUUAGGUACAUUGUGUUCAUUGGUUGCGGUUUAAUACUAUAUACAAUUUAACAAAUAGAUAAUAUUUUGCCGUUGUUAGUUCAGUUAUAGGUACACAUUAUGUAGGUAGCGAUAAUGCGCGUGCUUGCGUACCGGAGGAACGCCAAUAUUAUGGUCUAGCUGGUCUGUGUUUUUAACCAACUAUACCGCGUAGGUAAAGCGGAACUCUCGCUAUCUGCGUACUUUAGAGACUUGUAUGAAGUUUGCAUGUCUUGAAAUGAAGAGUUCUUGGACUGAUGGGACUAAGGAAUAUUGUAGUUGAUUCUAUUGUUUGUGUAUACGAUCGUCGUCCUUCCCGUUCUAACUCAUAGUUUCAAAUUACUGAAUUAAUACCUGCAUGUGGGAAACCUGCACUCGAUGUACCUCAUUUUAAAGACUAUAAGUAUAGUACACCUUGAGUCUUAAAUUUGUACCAGCUCAAGUACGCUGCAAUAAUCAUUGGGCAUUGGAGAAGAUGCAGUCAGGUACGACUAAAAAUUUGCACUCUGCAGUACGACGUCAUAACGUUGUAAGAACAAAAAAGUGGCCCACGUGCCGACGGGGCGAAUGGUCACUGAUGUUCCUAUCAGAUUAUGAUGUUACACUGUACCACUAUAACUGAACAGACAAGGGCAAAGCGUUAUCUAUAUUUGUUUAUACAAUAAAAAGAAAAAAACCCGAAUUGAGCAGGACGUAAAGAAUUUAUUUUUUAUUCCCCCCAAACAUUUGGAAAAUUGAAAAAGUCGAAAUUUUACAAAUAUCACGCGUACAUGAUCUAUACUAAUAAAGAAAUGCUAUUGGCUAGCUUAAGUCACUUGCUGAAUUGUGAGUGGCUGCGCAAAAUCAAAUUUGUGUGAUGUAAUUCCGUGCUUCUGUCCAAUGAAAUCGCUUGAAUUCUCAAAGGUUAUCAUAUAAAUUAAAUUAUUAAUUUACCAUAUCUUAAUCAAUCUUACAGAGCUACGAUUCACUCCGACAUUUGGUGAAACUAUCAAAACUCAGUAUACCUCAAGAUCUCCUUGAUGCAAUCCAACCGAUCAAAGACGAUGACAAGGCCAUCCGUAACUAUGGCGUAGACUAUACCGUAAAGAUGGUCAACGAAUUAUUUUCGAAUGGUGUACCUGGCAUUCACUUCUAUACUUUGAACCGAGAGGUAGGUAAUUACCUAGAGAUAAAUUGUUUUUAUAACAGGGCUCGAAAAAGCCGGCUGCCAAUAGUCAAAAGCAGGCUAUGUGCACAUUUAGGUGAGGAUCCAGGUUAUGUUCACGUUUGGAUUGUAAUUCUAAUCCCAAUCCUAACUCGGGUAUAACAAUGGGAUUAUGUUCAGACUUGGAUUAGAUUUGGAAUAAAUCAUUACAAUAAUGCUACUCCCAAUACUAACAGGAAUAAUAUGGCUGGGAAAUCGCUGUAUAAUUGUAUAAAUUACGUUUGUUGAUAUGGAAAGAAGAUCAGCAACCAAGGUAUUUAUUAUAAUUGUAGGUUGCUACGACAGAAAUUUUGAAACAAACAAGCUUAUGGUCAUUGGAGCCAUUGUACGCGCGUUCGUUACCUUGGAAACCAUCGGCAAAUGUUAAGCGGAUCAAAGAAGAAGUUCGUCCGAUAUUUUGGGCGUCGCGGGCGAAGAGUUAUGUACAUCGCACAUCUGAAUGGGAUGAGUUUCCGAACAGUCGGUGGGGAGACUCUGCAGCAGCCUCGUUUGGUGACCUCAGUGACUACCAUUUGUUUUACUUACGAAAUAGAACGAAGAAGGAAACAUUGUUAAAAAUGUGGGGUGAACAAUUGACUUCUGUUCAGGAUGUAUAUGAUGUGUUUGUGUGCUACAUCAGUGGAGAGAAGAAUGUCAAUGGAACAAAGGUAAUUUCUACAAUCAUUCAAUAUUUUUGGUAAAAAUACCCAGUCUUUUAUUUUUGCAAAACUUUCUAUUCAUACGCCUGAAUUUUCAUAAGUGGAUAUAACUUGAUCCAGACCUAGAAAAACUCGGAUGUCGUGGGAUCCUCAGGAACAUUUUCAAUUUUUCAUUUCACGUUAUGGGAAAUCUUAAUUUCCUCGUUCAGUUUUAAGCGAAAUUUGAAAUGCAACUCUUUACGCGGUGUAUUCGAUUACGUACUGUACGGCAGGGUGUAAACAUUCCUUAAUUAACAUAAAUAAAGUCAAAUAAUGUACCUUGUUGGAUACACAUAGCGAACUUAAGCUAUAUGCUUAAUCUAGAACGGGGACGCGACAAGAAAUAGCCUGAAACUUUACACUUUUAAAACUAUAAAGAACUACCGUUAUCAAGAACGUCCACAGGCCGGACGAACGCGCAACGAGGACGGCUAUCGUAUUAAUACACGAAAAUGAGCAAUUAAAAUUCCACGGAAGUUUUAGACGUCGCCGUCGCCCUGUUUCCGACGGCAAAAUACAGAUUACCACGUCUUGUAUACAACGCAUACGGUACAUUUCAAGCUGGGACAACUGCUACUUUUAAUUGGGUCCUAGAACUUUUCUCAAUCAUUAAACCUGUGUUAACCUCAUUCUUCAAACUGUGUUAUUUUUCAUACGAUGGAUUCUAGACGACACUUUUUCUUCUGCAAUCAUUUGGUUCAACGAAUUGGUUUGCCGUCGCAUUCCAGUUCUGCAUGCUUAAGGUCGCUAAUUACGUAUGACGUAUCUGAUCGAAACCUUACCAAAUAGGGUGUUUCAAAAUGUAUAAUGUUUCCUACAAAACAAAACAAUUGUGUUUGUCGCCAUGGAAACCUACAGGGUGCUUAUUACCAUCUGCCUCAAUCAAUGCAAUUUUCAGAAUAUUUGUUAUCAUAAGUAAUUUUAGGUAAGCUUGCUAUAAUAAUUAAAAGCUUGAUUUUUUCUUUUUCGUAGUUAUUUGACUUUCCAGCGCACAAGUAAUAGUUGUACAAGAAAAUAAUAGUUCACUAUAGUAUUUCAUUGUAGCAUGCACGCAAGUUUGAACUAUGGUUAAACCGGAACUGUAAUGUAUGCAAAAAAAUUUUAGUAUUGUAUGGAUACGAAGCGAUUUCGAUCAGCCUUUUUCGUUUUCUUGAUCAAAUAAGUUAUAGUUUCUUUAAUGAUCAAUUUUUAUCGCAUCUCAAAUUUUUGAUACUCCAAUCGCAAUCACAUUCAUAAAUAAUAUUUCCUGUAAUCUUUUCUUUACCAUGAAUUUUCGCCACGAAAUCAACUUUCUCGAUUAUAUCUUGAAAUAAUUUAAUCCUCAAUAAUAUUCAAAACAAUCUACGGAUGCUCAGUUAAGACGAGUUGACUUACCUUGCCUUAGGUGUCAAUUCUUGGCCACAAUUUCCGAUCGUGUAUUGUCUUGGAUACCUAGCUGCAGCACUUAUAAAGACAAGGGUGCAAUUCUAAAUACUUUUCGUGUAUUCUUAAGGUGACCAUGCUACCCUGGAAUGAAGAUGAGUUAGCGCCGGAGACAUCGGAGGUUUCUGAAGAUCUUGUUGAAUUGAAUCGUAAAGGAGUGUUGACGAUCAACAGUCAACCGCAUGCAAAUGCUGCAAAGUCAACUGACCCAGUCUUUGGUUGGGGAGGAGCUGGUGGAUAUGUUUAUCAAAAGGUACUGAAUGUUUUGCUGUGUGUUGGGUAUAUAGUACAACGAACAACUACAGUAUAAGUCAGUACAAAAUCACAAGUUUUUGGACUGCACAUGUCUGGCGAUUCAUUGCGUAGAAUUUGCGAUCAUACCAGCUAGGGUACUGUAUAUAUUACAUAUAUAAGUACCUAAAAAAGUCUUACAGUUAUUACAAAUAUAACUGAAAUACCUAAAAAGGACAACCUGAAAAUUCAAUUGUAUCUGAAACAAAAGCAUGCGACUAACCUCAGUUAUUGAAGAACGAUUGGAUUUUGGGUUUUUUUAUGUUGCAGAGCGUACUAACGUGUACUGCUUUUUUAUUGGAACAAAACACUUCACUUGUUCAGUUUAAAUUUCCUAUAGCGACUUAUGCUAACUAUAUUUUCCUACUGAUGCACACUAUAUUCUGUAUAAACAGACAGUUGUACCAAAUCAAUCAAUUCCAUGCAAAUACCCUAAAUUAAGAUGUUGCAUGCAAAAGGGACGAAACGUCUAUUAAAAUAUUUUUUUUAUUGAACUUGUUUAUGGUUUUUGAAUUGUCCACUUUUUAGGCUAUGAUACCUGAUUUACAUGUUAUUUAGGCAUAUUUGGAAUUCUUUACUCGAAAGGAAGUUGUGGACAAAUUAUUGGAAGUAUUAGGAACGAAUUAUCCAAGCGUGAGCUAUCAUGUUGUUGAUCAUACAGUAAGUACAUUUUUAAUAAUGCAAUUAAGAACACUAGCAAUUUUCUUUAUAGAUUCAACGAAAUUGUAUAAUAAAUAACUCUAAAAUAAUAAUUGUAUGAUAAAUCACUGAGUUUAUAAAUUGAGCAGUAUUUGAGUUCUUGGGAGAACGUUGUCAAACAUAUCCAAAAUCGUGUCUACAAAAAGAGAAACGAAAUAUUGGCAAUUGAAUGAAUGAGCUAAGCCUCGAAUCAAAGACAAAGUGCAGAGCACAAAUUCAAAUCCAUGUCUUUUGUGUUCAGGGAACAUUCCCAUUUUUUUAAUUUUUGCACACAUCAUUGCGAUGAAACAGUGUUUCAGGUGAAUUUCAAAGCCAUCAUAACGGGAAUAUAUUAUUCAAGCUCAACAUAGCGUUGACCAUACAGAUUUUACGAUAAUGAUAUGAUAUGGUAGUCUUCAGAACAAGCGCUUUUCACCCCUGAGAACGUGGAUUCGAUUCUCGCUACGGACUCAUGUGAAAAGAGUGAGUCAACACUCUGCCAAAAGUCGUGGGUUUUCUCCGGGUGCUCUGGUUUCCUCCCACAGGGAAAGUUGACAGAGUGGGUUAGGAUAAACCUAGUUAGCAACGUCAUAUCACAACUGUUGUAAAGAUAAUUAGUCUAGGCUUAGUACAUAGCCUAAUACAAGUAAGCGUCAUACUUGAUGUAGCUAAUCUGUCAAUGAAAAGCCCCGUUGCAUGCAGGGAGUGAGCUGAAUAAUAAAUGUAUGUAUGUAUAUGGUAUCAUAUGAUAUCAGAUUGUAGAUGGCUUUUAGUAGGUGGAAUUUUUGACAUAACUGGGAGCAGCGGCAACAAAUGCAGCUGUUAAAAUUCCAUGUACUAAAACCCAUAUACAUUAUAUCUUAUUGGAUUCUUCUGAGCCCAAUAUGGCAAAAUAUUAAGUCGAGACUUCAAUAUUGGGCGAGACCGAAGGUCGAGCCUAAUAUUGAAGUCGAGACUUAACAUUUUGCCAUAUUGGGCGAAGAUGAAUCCAAUAGGAGUUUUAUUAUAUCGAACAAAACAAUUCUAUAACAAAAAUUGUCAAUAAGCGAUAAAGUAAAUACAGCGAGACUAAUACAGCGACAACAUUACUACAUAUAUCGCCGGCGAAUUUGCUUGAAUAACUAAAAAAAAGUUAAUAAACCUGUUUUUACAAAUAUGUGUACAUAAAUAAACUCAAUUCCAUGUAUGUUUAAAAGAAAUUUGACCUAAUUUUAACGAAAAAAAUAAUAUUACUAACUUCUAGACUGUUGCAAACAAAAACAAUUUCGCGAAGACAAGUUUUCCCGCGCUUUUAUAAUUUUAAACAAAACUGGUAGAAAAAACUGUAUUAAUGUCCCAAAUUCUUUUCAUUAUUCUGCCAUAUCGUUUGUCGUAUGUUUGAAAUUGACAAAACAUCUGAAAAGGGUUGAAAAACCAUGAAAAAAGCCACAAUUCGCAACUGCCCAAUAGGUUCCUGUCCAAUAUCGUAAAAUAUUGGAUCGGCACGUGACCCUCUCAACGAUUACUGAUUGGUUAAGUGCGCGUGAGUGUAUAAUAAUCAGUUUUAUUGACCUAGUGACCUUUUAAAGUUAAACACUUGGUGGUACUGUAAGUUUUUUAUUCUGUUUCACAUUGUGUAGGGUGAGGUUGAUACAAUCAGUGAAGAUCUGGCUUCUCCUGUUGCUGUCACGUGGGGAGUAUUUCCUGGAAAAGAAAUUAUUCAGCCUACAGUUGUUGAUCCUGUCAGUUUCCAGAUUUGGAAGGUAAUUAAAGAACAUAUUCCUAAAAUCAGCACAAUGUAAAUUCAAUAUCUGGGUCAAUAGACGAAGACUAUCUAACUUCUUCACUUUUAAAGAUAAAAUUCCUAAGGGGCUGAGAUCGGGGGUAGUGUAUACCUUUCAGUGUCGAUGCUGUGCCGCGUCGUAUGUGGGCCAAACGGUCCGUCAUUUACACACGCGAGUGGUAAUGAGAGCAGUAUAAUCCGAUGCACUCACAAGCUUCCUUUCGCACCUCAAAACCACAUGGCCGCACAGCUUCUAUUAGCCAUUCCGAAGUUGAUGAGUGGACUGGGGACGAGUGUUAAAAAGUGCCCAAAUUAAGAAAUCACUGAAAAGACCACAUCAAAAUUAGUAAGUGUACAAAGUUUGAAGAUGUUUACAUGAAUACCCUCCGAAUAAUAAGCUUUCGAAAAUCAUGAUAUUGACUAUGAAAUGUAUUGUAAUUUUUGUUUUGGGGGACGCGCGUCCUAAAAACAAUCUUUUAAUCAGUAAUUUCACAAUUUUCGAAAGCUUAUUAUUCGAAGGGUAUUUAUGUAAACGUCUUCAAAUUUUGUGUACUUACUAAUUUUGAGGUGGUCUUUUUACUGAUUUGGUUCAUUUCUUAAUUUGGGCACUUUUUAACACUCGUCCCCAGUCCUCUCACCAACUUCGGAAUGGCUGAUUGACGACUUCAAAGUUUUUUUGUUCUUGCGCCAACUCUGAUGAACUUCUAAUUCGCGAAAGUCUCUUAAUUUCAAACUCAAGCCCUCCUUAAACAAACAAGGCAUUUCUUUCCCUUUUUCCCUGCUCUAAUUGCUGUCCUUCCUACUCUCAUGAUUCCCGCCCCCACUCUCAUUUCCUUGUUGUCUGUGUCUGUAAUACACCUUGUAAUAUUUAACAAUUAUUAAAUGAGGUUGGGCACGAUAUGAAGAAUUAUCAAGCAGGAAGUUUGCCGUUAUCAACCGAAGCCGAAGGCUGAGGUUGAUAACGGCAAACUGAGGGCUUGAUAAUUCUUCAUAUUGUGCGAAAACCGAAUUCAAUAAUUGUUUUAUUAUUCAUUUAAAAAAAUCAAAACAAACGGAAGCCAUUUCUAUUUUAUUUGUUAAAUUAAGAAAAAACAAUUCUUUAAUCCUUCCAAAUUUUUUUUCAUAUUGACUCUUUGACGUCAUUUUGCUAAUAUGAAUGUGAAAAAUACAUAUUUGGUUAGCCAUUGAGUUGAUAUGACAAUUUUUUUUCUGAAAAGAUUUAUUCAUAGAUUGAGCAUAGCUAGAUACAUUAAAAAUAUAUAAAAUCCAUUAAAGCAAUUCGUUUAAAAAGGUUCAAGUUAGUACAAAGUGUCAAACAAACUAAUAUUAUUCAUAUAAAAAGGAACUCUAGUGCCCCUCAAACAAAGAAAGGGAAGAACUCAGCAGACAAAAAGAGAGUUUCGUACGUAGCCAAGACAUAGUUAUUGAGUAUGGUUUGCCAAAUUUGGCUGCCAGCUUUGUAGCAAGAAUCUUGUGAAAUCUCGCACAUUCUUUACCCAUCGCACCAUUUGUGCCAAAGACCAAUGGUGUAAAAACUGCUUGCUCAAUUUCAAUUACUCUUCGAUUAUAUUCUCUUUUCUUCUCAUUCUCAUGACGUGAGAGGAUCUUGUGGGUUGGUAGUAACUUAUAGGACGCGGCGUUAAGAUGUGCUACUCUUAUGUCAAAAAAUGCACUUUGGCCAUGUCUAUAGAAACCCCUAGCUUUCACAUCAAGUCGUGAUUCAUCUUCUGUGUUUGUUGAUCUCAAGGCAAAUUCUUCUCCUGUCACCGGUUGUAAAGGUGGCUUGAUAGAAACAUCAUUGCAGACUUCAGAGAGGAGAGCAGCUUCCAGAUUUCUCAUUUGGUCGUGGCGCGCGUGUAUAAAGCCACCUUUUUUACACUCCAUCGCGUGGUAAGGAUCGAAAGGUUUUCCACAGGUACAUAUGCUUGGGAGAUCUGGGAUAUAUUUGUUAUAUCUCAGCGCCAAAGCGUCUCUGAAUUCUUCUUUAUUCAGACAGAAGCCUUCUUUUUGCAGUGGUAAGACAUUUAACCAUCCAGAGGCACCUUUAUCUCGGGCUAAAGAGAUUGUUCGAUGCUGCUCUUGGGAAAGUUGAAUAUCAACCGAUAAUGAGGAGGUAGUUGCUCUUUCCACCCGAAGACUUCGAACUUGGGACUUUACGUUGGUUAUUUCGUCGUCUUGUGGAAGUUGAUUACAUGCUUGAAUGAUGAUCAAAGCAGAUAGUGGAGCACAUAACAGUUUUGACGUAUUUCGCUCGAAAUCAGCAUCUUCUGGGAUACGUGGUAUUCCCAGUCCUCCAUUACGUAUGGGCAGAGCAUAAGUUUCCCGAUCAAGUUGAGAAAUAUCCUGGCCAAAUAUAGUUGGUAGAAAUUUCGAACAAAUAAUUUCUUCUACAGGUUGGAACAAAUGGGCCACGUUUGGAAUAGUCCUGAUGUAAAAAGUAAACUUGUGCUUAUAACCAUGCACAAAAGCAGCGUAUGCGGCAUGUGGCUGCGACUUCGCUAUAGAGCAUAGAUUUUCGAGCUCAGUACACCAAGUUGAGACUUUGCUAUUAACAUAUUCCUCUCUGAAACAAGUAGAUCCAAUGACAGCUCCCAGUAAUCUAUGACCAUCGGAUGUAAUCUUGAUGUCGUGACUUUUAAAUAAUUCAGUGGCUCUCUCUAUAUCACACGGAUCUUUAAUUACUAACCAAGAUUUCCCACUGUUGACAUGGUAGCCAUACUUUACGCCUUCGCUUAUCAGCAUUUCAAAAAACGCCAGUAAAGCACGUAGUUUACCUGCUGCGGUCGAGUCAUCGGCAAACCAAACCUGUUUCACCAUAUCAUAUGCAUCAUGAAGAAAUGAAAUUAAUACCAUGACCGAAAUGGCAUAGAAUGGCAUGGUUAAUGGGUCCCCCUGUGUUGUGCCUUCUUGCGAUCGAAGCUCACCUCCGCCCACAAUAAAUAGCCUCGCGGGGUUUCGAUAC